CUGGAGCUGGAAGUUUGAGGAGGCUGGAGAAGACCUCUGACCUGGGUCUCAUGCUUCCACAGCGGUCCGCCCCGGUGGUUUGGCCCGGCCUGGCCUACCGGACCUGCUGGAUGGAGCUCGGUGUAGCCAAGGCUCGGCAGAGCUCCUGGCACCGCCUCCUCCCAGCCGGCUCCUGUGGGUGGGGGAAGGCAGGACUGACGCAGAGUGAGUCUUUUCCUCCUCCUCUUCGGGAAGGUCUGAAGAUGACAACAGCAACACGACAAGAAGUCCUUGGCCUCUACCGGAGCAUUUUCAGGCUUGCACGGAAGUGGCGGGCAGCAUCAGGGCAGAUGGAGGACACCGUCAAAGAAAAACAGUACAUACUAAGUGAAGCCAGAACCCUGUUCCAGAAAAACAAAAAUCUCACAGACCCAGACCUGAUUAAACAGUGUAUAGAUGAAUGCACAGCCAGGAUCGAGAUCGGACUGCAUUACCAGAUUCCUUAUCCAAGACCAAUUCAUCUGCCUCCAAUGGCUCUCACCCCACUACGAGGCCGGAGACUUCAAAGCCAGGAGAAACUGAGAAAACUUUCCAAACCAGUAUAUCUGCAGUCUCAUGACGAAGUUUCUUAAGGGAGAGGACAGUUGACUUUUGAGACUGGUGAGCUGACUCAAUUUGGAAUGUAAACCAGGCAACCUGCCCUUCUUGAUUAGAAACAAAAAGAACACUUCCUUUAGAGCUCCAGAGUUGGUCCUCACUGAUGACACACAGCUGCAAGCAUCCCUUGGGUUUUUCAGGGUCCUGCUGCUGCCUGAGUUGAUGACAUUGGCCCUAGAGGUCAUGGAUCACACUGCAUCUUCACUGAAGUCAUCCUUGGAAGCAGGUCUGAGGCUUGGGGAAGACUGAGGCAGUUCCUGGGACGGCCCUUUAGCACACAUCAACCCAUGAGAAGGGCUUAGCUGAUGGCUGCCGGUUUGCAUGCCUACCAAACUGUGUUGCUUCCAAAAUACCGAAUAGAGGUUUAUCCACAAGUUAUGCAUUUGCUUAAACGUGAUUUCUGUACAGGCUUUUUUGUGGCCUCCUGACUCUUGUAAUUUCCAGAUAUACUCCAUUAUAAUAUAAGGGCAUCUUUGGACUCAUCAUA